AUGGCGCCGUUUUGGGGCCUAAGGGGCUCAAGGCUACAUUUGGCUAUCUGGAUAGAAGCUUGCUUCUGUGUCAUGAUCUUUGGCUACAACCAAUCAAGUGCCGGAGGUGUCCUUUCGGAUUCGACUUUCAACCUUCAAUUCCCGAGAAUGAACACACUAUCAACAACAGGGUCUUUGCAGAAGGAGAACUCCAGGAUUCAAGGAACGGUCGUCGCACUAUAUACACUGUUUGGAGUCUUCGGAGCACUGGGUUGCACCUUCCUUGGAGAUAUCUGGGGUCGUCGAAAAACCAUUUUUCUGGCCAGUGCGGUUCAAGCAAUUGGUGCCAUCCUUCAAUCUUCAUCGUUUGCCUUCUCCCAGUUUAUCGUCGGGCGGAUUGUGCUUGGCCUGGGCACCGGAGGCAUCAUUGCAACAGUUUCAGUCUGGCAAUCGGAAGUUUCAAAAGCAGAGAACCGUGGUGAGCAUGUCUCUGCCUUUGGAAUUUUCUGUGGGUCCGGCAUCGCUUUGGCACUCUGGCUUUCGUUUGGCAUGUCCUAUACACAACCGAGUUCUGUAUCAUGGCGCUUCACCCUGGCAUUCACCAUUUUUCUUUCAUUUCUUGUUUGCAUAUCCAUAUUUUCACUACCUGAGAGCCCUCGAUGGUUAUGCAAACGGAAUAUGUGGGAAGAAGCACGGGAUACCCUGGGAAUACUAUACGACAAAGAUCCACAUGACGAGACAGUGAACAAGGAGAUCGAGGACAUCCGACUUUCAUUGGAUCGAGCAAGUAAAGGGAGCCUGGGAGCGAUGUUCAAGAUGGGCCCUCAAAGAGUGUUUCAUCGGGUGGUCAUUGCCGCGACUGCCCAGAUCUUCUUGCAAAUGACUGGAAUCAACUCGAUCACUUAUUAUGCACCAACUAUUUACCAGCAGCAACUUCACUUUGAUCAGACGGAUUCGCGCGUUUUGGCCGCAUCGUCACAGAUAGUCUGUGUGAUAGGCGCAUUCUGCUGUGCCUGGACAGUCGAUCGCUUUGGACGCCGGAAACUCAUGAUGUUUAGCGCCUCUAGUAUGGCCAUAUGCUUUGCCUUGAUUGCUGGCCUAACAUCGCAUCCCGAGAAUGCGGCAGCUUUGAAAGCUGCUGUAGUUUUUCUUUAUCUAAACUUCUUUGUCUAUGUUCUUGGAUUCCUCGGGAUUCCAUUCCUAUACGCCAGUGAAAUUGCGCCAACUCAUCUUCGUGCAGCGACAUGCGGGCUGUCAACUGCAAUAUCCUGGCUCUUCAACUUCUUGGUUGCAGAAGUCACCCCUUCUGCCUUUGAUGACAUUGGUUGGAAGUACUUUCUUGUGUACUGCUGUCUCAACGCAUCGUUUGUUCCAGUCAUCUAUUUCUUCUUCCCCGAAACAGCAAAACGUUCGCUUGAAGAAAUUGACGAGAUCUUUGAAGCCUCAACGAGUAUUCUUGACGCCGUUUCUGUUGCCCAGAAAUUGCCAAGGCGACCUCUCGCGGAGUUUAUGAGAGAAGAAAAGGCGGAGGUGUCCCAUGUCGAGGCUUAA